GGCGAGGCCCUGCGGCGGCAGGCCGGCGGCGGGGCAGCCUUCCUGGGGAAAACACGAUACGUUUGUCGUGACGGUGACUCCGCUCCUUCUUCCGCGUUGUUUAGGCGAUCAUCUGUGACAGUCAGUCAAAAAUGGCAGCGCUGUCCUUUACUCGGCCGUUUUCAGGCCGGCUUCUGCCUCUAAUGGUAGCGCUGCUAGGUGUUAGGCAUGCUGCCUCCUCUGCGAGCGCUGGCCAAGAUGGUGGUAACAACAUGCAGUUUCCUUGGGAUAAAAUGAGGCUCCCCCAGCACGUUAUCCCAGUGCAUUACGAUCUUCUCAUCCAUCCUAAUCUCACCACUCUGACGUUUUCUGGGGCCGCUAAAAUAGAAAUUACAGUCACCAAGCAAACCAGUUUGGUCAUCCUGCACAGCAAGCACCUGCACAUCACCAAGGCUGCCAUCGAGGCUGGGGCCCGGGGUGCCCGCUCGGUCCAAGAGGCGCGGGUUUUGGAGCACCAGCCCUUCGAGCAGGUGGCGCUCCUUGCUGCUGAACCACUGCAGCCCGGACACAGCUACAUGAUCAGCAUCCACUACUCUGCAAAUCUCUCAAAGUCUUUGCAUGGCUUUUAUAAAAGCACCUACAGAACCCAGGAUGGAGAGCUUAGAGUACUUGCAUCAACGCAGUUUGAGCCGACAGCUGCACGAAUGGCCUUCCCAUGUUUUGAUGAACCAGCCUUCAAAGCCAGAUUUUCAAUUAAGAUUAGGAGGGAACCAAAGCACCUUGCACUAUCCAAUAUGCCAAUUGUGAAAACUGUGAAUAUAGCUUCGUGGCUUGUUGAGGACCAUUUUGAUACCAGUGUCAAGAUGAGUACCUACCUUGUGGCCUUUAUUGUUUCGGAUUUUAAAUCUGUCAGCAAAAUAACCAAUCAUGGAAUUAAGAUUUCUGUAUACACAGCACCAGACAAGAUCAACCAAGCUGAUUAUGCGUUGGAUGCAGCAGUGAAACUUCUAGACUUCUAUGAGGAUUACUUUAGCAUUCCAUAUCCUUUGCCUAAACAAGAUUUAGCAGCUAUUCCUGAUUUUCAGUCUGGUGCUAUGGAAAACUGGGGAUUGACCACAUACCGGGAAUCUGCACUAUUGUAUGACCCUGAAAAGUCCUCGGCAUUCUCUAAACUUUUGAUUACUAUGACAAUAGCCCAUGAACUGGCUCAUCAGUGGUUUGGCAACCUAGUUACCAUGGAGUGGUGGAAUGAUCUCUGGUUAAAUGAAGGGUUUGCAAAGUUUAUGGAGUUCGUGUCGGUCAGCAUUACCCACCCAGAACUAAGAGUUGAAGAUUAUUUCUUAGGCAAAUGUUUUGAUGCCAUGGAAGUGGAUGCAUUAAAUUCAUCACAUCCCGUGUCUGCUCCUGUGGAAGAUCCAGCUCAAAUUUUAGAAAUGUUUGAUGAUCUUUCUUAUGAAAAGGGAUCUUGUAUAUUAAAUAUGCUGAGGGACUACAUGACUGCUGAUGUGUUUAAAGCUGGGCUUGUGCAAUAUCUGCAGAAAUACAGUUAUCGGAAUACAAAAAAUGAAGAUUUGUGGAACAGUAUGACACAGAUUUGCCCUACUGUUGAUACUGAUGAAAAUGAACUCCAAGGUGAUAAUUUUUGCAGAAGAAACCAACAGUCAUCUUCAAGUGCAGUAUCUUUUUUUCCCCUCACUCAAACACAGCACUGGACCAAAAGAGAAACUCUUGAUGUGAGGGCAAUGAUGAACACUUGGACACUGCAGAAAGGUUUUCCCCUGGUAACUGUCACAGUGAGAGGAAAGAAUGUCCAUCUGCAGCAGGAUUACUACAUGAAGGGAGUGGAUUCUCCUUCAUCCACAGAGUACUUGUGGCACAUUCCAUUAACCUAUAUUACCAGUAAAUCUGAUACUGUUCAACGAUUUCUGAUGACAACUAAAACAGAUGUCCUCAUCCUUCCAGAAGAGGUAGAAUGGAUUAAAUUCAAUGUUGGCAUGAAUGGAUAUUACAUUGUGCACUAUGAAGAGGAUGGAUGGGAUCAUCUCAUUAAUCUUUUGAAAGAGAACCAUACGGUGAUUAGCAGCAACGACAGAGCAAGUCUCAUUAACAAUGUCUUCCAGCUUGUGAGAAUAAAAAAACUGUCAAUUUCCAAAGCUUUUGAUCUAACUUUAUACCUGAAACAUGAAACACAAAUCAUGCCUAUAUUCCAAGGUAUGAAUGAACUGAUUCCCAUAUACAAGCUCAUGGAGAGGAGGGAUAUGGAUGAUACAGCAAAUCAGUUAAAGGAGUAUAUAGUCAAUCUAUUUAAAGACCUAAUUGACAAGCAGUCUUGGAAUGAUGAAGGCUCAGUGUCUGAGAGAAUGCUCAAGCACUCGCUACUCCUGUUUGCAUGCGUGCGUGGGUACCAGCCGUGUGUGGACAAAGCACAAGAAUAUUUUAUGAAAUGGCAGAAAUCCAAUGGAACUUUGAGCUUGCCAACAGAUGUGAAGACGGCAGUGUACGCUAUUGGUGCACAAACAUCUGAAGGCUGGGAUUUCCUCUUUAGUAAAUACAGGCUGCAUUCAUUCAACUUAGAGAAAGAUAAAAUUGAAUUAGCUCUCAGCCUCAGCAGAAAUAAUGACAAACUUCAGUGGUUAAUGGAUCAAGGUCUGCAUGGUGACAUAAUAAAAACACAGGAUCUUCCACAUAUUACUGUGUUUGUUGCCAGAAACCCAUCUGGCUAUCAUCUAGCUUGGACAUUUUUAAAGAGAAACUGGGAAGAACUUGUAGAAAAAUUUGAACUUGGUUCCUCUUCCAUGGCACACAUUGUCACUGGAGUGACAAAUCAGUAUUCCACAAGGUUGCAGCUUGCAGAGGUGAAAGAAUUCUUCAAUUCUUUGGAAGAAAAAAGUUCGCAGCUUCGUUGUGUCCAACAAGCUAUUGAAACCAUUGAAGACAACAUACAGUGGAUGGACAGAAAUUUUGAGAAAGUCAAAACAUGGCUGCAAAACAAAAAACUAUAAAACAUUGUUUAUGUUUGUCAAAAAUAACUGAAAAAGCACUGAAAACUCAUGGGUGGAGGGAAAGCUGAAUUUUAUAAAUUUGUUUCUUUAGAAGAAGCUCUAAGGCAGCCUAAUCCUGAUGCUCAAUAUUUUUGUAUUCCCAGCAAACCACAACACUGAAGUAAAACUAGACUGUUUGUGGAUCUCUUUACCAGGUAGCAGUUUUCAGAAAAAAAUGAACUUGUUUAUUGUACAGCAACCUAAGGGGUAGGGGUGACUGAUUACUGGAAGUCUAAGAUUAAUUUAUUUGUUCUGAAGAAGCAGAAAGUAUUUGGAGACAAAGUGAAACUUUCCACCUGUGAAUGCCUACCCUUCCUGUAUCUUUUCCACAAAAGUACAACUAGCAGCUUUAUUUAAUACUGAAGUGAACUCAAGUUACGGAGCAAAAAAAUUUUUGCUUUGCAUGUACCUUUAUCCUCAUGGUCUAUGUUGCAGGAGAAUAAUUUUUAUAAAUAUUUACCUCAGCUCAAGCAUCACAGAAUUAAAAAAUAGUAUUGACUAUAAUUAACAUUGUAUACUUCAAAAUAAAUAUGAUAAGGACUAUGUCUAUGCAAGCUUUAUUGUAGUGUUUCAGGGCUGGAGGCAGUUGUAAUGGUAUGGAAGCUGUGCAGUGGCACCGGCUCCAUCCCUGCCAAGGUGAUGCGGAGCAUAUGCUGCACAUACCAGUCCCCUGAAGCCCAUCCUGUUCCAGUAAGUCUGCACUGCUACUUCUGCUGCUGAUGUAAAUACCUUGCCUGCAGUCUUAACACAUGGAAAAAUCCUGUUGUAUUUUUAUGUUCAGGAAAUCAGAAUGCAAUUUGUGUGGGAAAAAAAAUCUUUUUAGAUUAAUAAUCAGUUUUAGCUAGAAUUUAGAUUUUAUAUUUUUGCUUUUAAUGAUCUCUUUUUUACCUAGUUGAAAUAUAACUGCUGUCAGAUACAAAUGACUCUGUUCUUUUAAAUGUCAUGGGGGUGUAUUUAUUAGCUUACAAUCCCAAUCAUUAGCCUGCAGGUAACUGCUCUAAGCAGAGAAAUGAUGACUAUUAUGCCCCCAAAAGGUACAGAUACUUAAGAAAGCUGAGCUGUACUCUUGGAGGGUUGUAGGGAUUUUUUCUUUUUCUUUUCUUUUUUUUUUUUCCUUCCCCAAACAAGCUGCAAGUGACCUUCUCUGUCUGAUUACCUACAGGAACUCUACAAUUCAAUAAUAACCAUUACAGAAAAUUCUAAGUAACUAUCAUGUGUGCAUAAAUCCACUUGCUCUUUAUUUGCCUUUACAAUGCCCUGGUUCCAUGGUUUUUGUUUUCUCUGUUGUUCUGGUUUGUCUCCCUUUCCUCACUGAUAUCUCAAAGUGGCCAGAAACUUCAACAAAAACACUUACUGAGGAAAAAAAGAUAUAUGAUCUGGAACUAACUAUAAGCUUUGGACUGCACCUUGUUCAUUUUUCUUGCAGCUAGACAUAAUACCUGCCCAGGAUGUUGAUGCCUAUUUUGUUGAGUCCUCCUAGCAAAGGCCUUAGAGUUCUGUCACAGUGUUGUAGAAAAUACUAUUUCAACUUGCUUGCUGUAUCCUUUUUGUUCAUAUAAGGAAUCUUGUACCUCAAAACUCAUUAAGGGGAACAGGAAUUCUGAACAGACUGUGCACCAAGUGUACAGUCACUUAUGACUUUAUUCAGGUAAAUAAUUCAAAUUGUUUUAGGAGUUUUAUUUUCUGAUUUCAAAUACAGCUGAUACUCACUUCUUUAAUUAUAAUGCCAAUUGAAACUCACUGAGCUACUAAAAUACAAGACUGUUGCCUGAAGUAGUAGACAGGUGCACAGUUAAACCAAAAAAUAAUUUUGGGGGAAAAAAAGUUUAAGUAAGAGACCAUCUAGUCUUAGAGUAAUUGAUAACAAAUAAGAAGAGUUGAGAACCCAGUAUUUCAGGUACUGUUGAUUCUUUAAAAUGUUUUCAGAGCAAAUUGAAAAAAAAAUUUAACAAAAAAUAUUUGCUUACACAGUUCUAGAUAAAAUAUUUCAGUUGUUUCACUUUUCCCAUUUGCCCAUUCUUUUCUGUUGCUGUUGUAAGCAGUUAUAUGCAUUGCUGUUUCCUACUAUAACUCCUUCAUUUUCAGUUGCAAUUUUCAGGGAAAAUUGCUAAGUAGUACUCCCACCAACACAACCCCCUGCCCCCACAAAACUACAACCCCCUUCCUUCUCUGUUUUUUUUUUUUAAUUGAAGCAACAUCAAUUAUCCAGCAUCUAUCCAGAUACAUUGUAGACCUCUCUCCAGAAUAAAGAUCACAGAUACAUUGAUAUGUCACCUUUCUCCUUAACACAGUACCAUUCACUGAUUGAACUGCAUGAGCUGACACUAAUAAACAUUUUAGAACUUUGUAUGCCAUGAAGAAAACUUGUUUAGAAAAACAGAAUUUGGUAACGCUGAACUUUUUUGUAUACUCAGAGAAUUCUAACAGUUACUGGGAUGCAGGGCAGGGUUCAUUAACUCCAUCAAAAUAAAAUGUUUCUUCUGUCUCUUAAGAAUGAUUAUCAUUUGUACACAUGAUGUUUUAACAAAAUUUAAUGGGAACUUUUCAGCACAAUAAGCAGUAACUUCAUUUUGUUUCUGAAAA